UAUCCAGACUCGGAUGAAGACGGCCUCCAACUCGAGCGGGGUUGACUAACAUCUGCUAGUGGUUGCUUUCCGCUCCUUGAAAUAUCCUUCGGUAAGAGGAAGACAGGUUUUUUAACUCUCACCACAACUCUUCUUUGCGUGUCCUACCUUGAUUCUCGAGUGUUCACCAUCAACAAACUCAUCACCAUCAUCACCAGUCCUACCAGCCCACUUCACACUUGUCCAACAUGACCGAACCAACAACCUACCCCUCCCCCCUCCUCCGCUCCCUCCAAGAAAACGGCUUCGUCGUAAUCCGCUCCCUCCUCAACCCUCUCGAACUCUCCACCCUGCGCUCCGCCGCCACCGCCGCCACCGCCCUCGCCCGCUCCGGUUCCUGGCCCUACAUCCGAACCGUAGGCAAACAAUUCCCUCCCUGGCCCUCCUCUCCCCCCGCCGACGGUUCAGGAAUCUGGGGCGUCCAACACCUUUUACACCCGGACCUGCCCCUACCCAAGGAAUCCAAAGACGCCUUUUUGAAGCUGUACUUCUCCCCUUCCAUCCUCGCCAUCGCCAAACAACUCCUGCCCCAAGGAACAACGGACGAUGACCUGGUGAUGGAACUGUUUAACAUGCUCGUCCGUCCUGAUAGGGAGUUUGCCCUGAGCUGGCAUCGGGAUGAUAUACCCGCUACUUGCUCAGCGGCAGAGGAGAAGGAGAGGUUAGUUCCGGCUACGGAACCAAGGUAUCAUACCCAGUGGAAUUUGAGUCUCGUCGACAACGACACCAGUCUCAUCCUCGUUCCCAAAUCGCACACGCGCCCGCGCACAGACGCUGAGCGCGCAGCGGAUUUGUUUGAGCCGAAUAUGCCGGGUCAGCUGGUUGUGGAGCUGAAUGCGGGGGACGUGGCCUUCUAUGAUAAUAAUAUCUUGCAUAGGGGGGUGUAUUCGAGCAAAAAGGAGAGGACGACGUUGCAUGGGAGUGUGGGACAUGUGAAUGGCGCGCAGAGCGGGAAGAGGGCGAGGAAUGUGUUGCAGCAUGGGGUCGGGGAGUGGGUGGAACGGUGCGAUUUCUCUGCGUUGGGGGAGAGGGGGGAGGAGGCGAGGGAGAGGGCGGAGGGGAUGAGGAGCAGGUUGGUGAGGAUGGGAGCGGAGAAUAGGGAUGUCGGGUUUUCGCUUGAUGGUUGAGCGGAAGGGGGAUGGAUUUGUAACGAUGGCGAGGGGUGUUUAUAGCGAAGCAAUGGUAUUUGCGGUUUCUAGUGAGUUGGUUUGAAACCAGAAAUCAGGGAGAUGCCACCGGUCCGGUAAUCAAGAACAAUUUGAUAUGUAUAA